CUAAAAAAUUAAGGUCCAAAUUUUAUUUCUUGACUUUAUAUAUUUACAUAAAUAGAUGACUAACACGUAUAACAGUUUAAUCUUCGCUGGUAUAUUUUCUUCCUUCGCCCCUAUCAGCUGAUGCUCUCGUCCGUGUUCCCUACUUGCCGUUAUUAUUAUGAUUAUGAAAACAAAAAGAAUCUCUCACGAGAAGCGUCGUUGUUGCCAUUGUCGUUGAAAUCGUUGCCAGUUGCGUUCAAACAUGUCAACAACGUAGCGUCGAAAUUAGAAACGUGAUAAUUUCGCUCUUUCUGUUCGAAACGUUGUUAUUUUGAUUCUUUCCUAAAAUUGGGAAACAUGUCACGGACAAAAUGAAUAAAAAAAUAUCUUUGUGAUUGCGUUAGUGUCGCUCGACUGUGGUCGUUUAUUUUUCUCAUUUUCGUUCGAAAUAAUCAAUAUUUUGCGUUGUACAUCUAUCAACGAAGAACCCUUCGUUGCAUCUACAAAUUGAACAGAGCAAAAGGAAAUAUUUAUCAAUACAAUGGGGUCUGUAUUGAGCGCCUGCAAGGACAAUGACGAACUUGUCAAUCGACUUGUGUAUCACAACCACAUAAGUAGCAGAAGAGUGGAAAGAGCAUUCAGGGCGGUAGACAGAGGAGAUUACAUAUCACCGUCGGAUCUUGAAUCUGCUUACCGGGAUAUGACCUCUAAAGUUGACAAUAUCCACUUGUCUGCUCCCUGCGUUUAUGGUAAAGUUAUGGAAAGGUUGUCCCUCAAGCCAGGUUUGAGCUUUCUCAAUAUUGGAUCUGGUACUGGAUAUCUCAGCACUAUCGCCGCAUUCAUUUUAGGUGACAAUGGGACCAAUCACGGCAUAGAGAUGCACGAGGACUGUUUCACAUACGCUCAAGAGCACCUCGAAGAAUUUAAGCGGAAGUCUCUGGAUGUGGACGUUUUUGAAUUCUGUGAGCCAGUCUUCACUCAUGGAAAUUUUUUGAACGUUAUACCAAACAGACAGUACGACAGAGUUUAUUGUGGCGCUGCCUGUCCUGAAAUCCACGAAAAGUUUGUAAAACAAUUUGUUAAAAUCGGUGGAAUUCUCGUUAUGCCAAAGGAGGAUCUGCUGGUCAGAGCCAAAAAAACAGGAGAAGACACGUGGCAAAAUAAUGGAAUGAUUCCGGUCUCGUUUGCGAGUCUAAUGUCACCGGAAGACGGAAAUGAUCAAUGUCUCCUCCAACUACCUUUAUGUACACCGAAGAGUCUUCAAGAAUUGUGUCGUAGCUUAAUAAGGCGCCAUUUACGGGCAAUAGUGUGGGCCGAGAAUAAAGAUUUUGAAGAAAAACAGCCGGUAGUACCUCCACCGAGCAUGCCCAUGUUCCCAGCUUUGUCAGCGUGGAAUUCUAGCUUGGUCAUCCCAAUAGUCGACAAUGAUCUGCCCCUACAGGGGGAAGGUAUUCCGGAGUCUGUGCAGAUUGCCAUGAAUUCCUCGAUGCGUUCGAUACUCACGGAAUGUCUUCGACCUUUCGUAUCGUUGGAAUCAGAUGAUUCUUCGGAUGAUUUGGAAUCGGACGAUUUGUUCGCUCCGCGCCGUGCCAUGCGUCCAUAUUCGAUGAGGGAACAAUCGAAUUCAGAAACUCGGGAGAGAGAUACAUCCGAAAGAGACGAAUAUGGAUUCGAUGGGGAGCUGGAGGAGGAUCAGGAUGGUGAAGAGGAGGAAGACGAGGAUAUACUGGGUUAUGCGGUCCCUCAUUGCGAAGAAAGCGAAGAAACUCAAAACGUAACUACGGAAGAGGAAACAGAAAAAGGUUGCGACAAGAAAGAGAAUGCGAGAGACGUAAAGGUCGUCGAGGAAGGGGAAAAGAAUGAUGAGCCGAGUGGAAGUAAUCGCGGUCAAUCGACGAGUUGUAGCAUAAAACGUAACGCAUCCGAAAAAUCGAGUAGUAGCUCGGAGGAGGAUUUGGAUUCCGCUGAUGAAGAUAUGAGCGACGGCACUAUUGAGGCGCUGCUUCAAGGAGAUAUGCUUAAAAAAAGGCGAAUGUUAAAUAUUAUGGAAAAUUCGAAUAGCAUCGUGUCCUUCAGCGACGACGAUAACGAUGAUGAAUCUUCGGCGCCGUUCAUGGUGUCUUCUGUGCUAAAGAAUUUGCAAUAUGUAUCAAACAAAGUGCGGAGUUUAGUGAGAGGUAACGGUGAUGCUUGUCCUGCUUGUUCCGUUGUCGAACCCGAAAAGGUCGAAGAUAAAAAGGAUCGGAUAAUCAACGUAGAUUCUUCGGACGCAUCGUCCAACGAGGAUGAAUACGAUGAGACGAAUAAAGCGAAUAAUCGCCGCGACCAUCGAGCCGGCCUCAAAAGACGCUUCGAAAGAAAAGCACUGUCUUCGGGAAGCGACGGAGGUUCGAAUUUCGGCAAGAAACUCAAUCUUUCAGAGUCCAACGACUUGGGCGAAAUUUCACCUUCCACAGUAAAUAGUUCUCCUUCGAGUUCAGCUAAAAAAUCAUCAACCUCGGGCUACAGCUUUUUGACGGGCCCCAAUUCUUCCAAUGACGAUGUACAGUCUGAUUCUGAUAGUGAUACCUACUUCAGUCAUCGUGAAUCGAAUCUCUUCGUUGAAGGCGUAUCCUACAAGAAGACUCACGUUAUAAAAAAAGACGUAUUUGCUAGUUGUAUGAAACAAAAAGUUUCGCAGCUUCCUAUACCACCGCCCCUUCGCUUGUACAUUAAUUACAAUCGGGAAUUCGUUUAAUCGGUGUCCCGAACAUUUCAUUCAAAUUUAUUUUAUUUAUUCCAGUUACUCUAAUUCUUGUUGAACCAUGUUCCUUCGCCUUUUCAAAGUCUGUUUUCUGGUCGGUCAUCACUUCAUAUACUUUAAGGAAAUAGAAAGGAACAAUUCGAUCAGAAAUCAUUAUUUUUAUCUUAUGGAAUAAUCUACGAUUCUUCAUCUUCAAAAUGAUCGGUCUCAACAUUUUUGUUUGUUUUUUUUUUUUUUUUUUUCCAAUGCUGUAUCAACUGCGAAAUCAUAGAAACGUAACCGCACACGAAUGAACUCAUUCGAUCAAUUUCGUUUCAAUUUUCAGUUUAUUUAAAAAAAUGAUUUCGGUUCUAGGGUCGACAUUGUUAUAUUAUCAAAUCGUCAGUCACUGUUCGAUCGAUGCUUUCGAUGUUCAAACACAAAUUCGUCUUCAUUUUAAACAUUACAUCAUUUUAUGUAGUUUUAUUUUUUGCAUAAAUACUUAUCAAAAGUAAGAAUCGGUACGAAUUUUGUAUUCCAAAGUUACGAGUUUCGGGUUUUUCUAUGAGAAUUUAACACAUGAGAAUUGUAUUGAAAAAAAAAAAAAAAAUUCAUUGUGAUCUGAAAUAGGAAUUUUGGUUUUCAUACAGCAUCCCCGAUUUUUUUUAUUAAUUGGCAACACUUCUUGCUCAACCCAAAUGUUACGCUAAUAUCACUAUUAUUUUUGUAACUAUUUAUUUUCACUUAUUUAUAACGUUUAAAGACUGCCCUGAGGAACUUUGAUGUGCAACUCUCUGUCAAAUCUAAAAAUAAAUGUAGCGAUAUAUUUGAGUGUAAAAAGUUUGCUCUGUCGGGAUUGUGGUAUUUAGUGGUUUCAACAAAAUUUGAAACUUAACCCGGUCAAUAAAGUGUUAGAAAAUAAAAAUUUUUAAAUGUAACCUUUCAUUCAAAAAUACUGAAACAACAAAAUGUUUUUCGUUGUGAUUAAAAUUUGAAUUGAUUUUACAAACCUCAUUUCUUUAUUUUCGAUUUUGGAUCACGAACGAAAUCCGAUUAUUUCGAAAACUGCGUUAUUUUCGGGAACUGAAAAAAAGUAAAAUAAUAUGUUGCGCUCGAGAAAUGUGAGCACGAAGAUGGAAGAAAAAACAAUCUGAUCCGUCUUCAUGUAAUGUUGAGAAUCGACAUCACAAUCGUGGAGGAAUUGAAGACGGAGAGAAAAAAAAUAAGGGAUUUUAGAAUAAAGCCAAUUAUACGAUGUAAAUAACUCAGUUGAUAGAGAUGUACACUUUCAAGGAAGUAAAAACUGUCCCCUCUCGUCGAAGAGGCGACCUUAUUAUAUUAUAUCCACAAGAUUCGAAACUUUUAUUUUGUGAUCUAAUAAAAACUUCGAUUUAAAAAAAAAA